UCUAAUUUUCGCGCCAAAACGAUUAGGGCAAGCUAUGGCGGAGGAGAGCUCCACUCCAUCGAGACAACACAGGUUUGGAGUCUACCAGAAUGCGGCGAUCGCCUCGGCGCUGGAUGCGCAAGGGUCGAGGAGGAGCUCGCCGCCAGCGAUCGUCGCGCUUGUUUUCCUCGUUUCCACUUGGGGAUUGCUCUCGAUUUCUUACCGGAAGGAGACGAUCAAAGACACAAUGCGGCUCUUUGGGCUCACGUAUCUCUUCGCAAAAACUACCGUGAGACUUUGCCAAGUCGUUCUUACGCUCGUCUUCCUCGGUGCAUUGUCCGCGUUCUUGAAGGCCAUUUUUUCUUCCGAGGAAGGCUACUUCGUUUUCAAGUCAUCUUCCCAGAUUUCAUCGCCACUGACACCACGGCAGGAGAUGCUACUUGGAAGGCGAAGCUCAAGAACAGCACUGCCGCCGCCAAAGACUGCCAAAUCUCCGACCGCGGUUUCUCCAAGCACGAUGUUCCCGAUCCAUCCUCCGCUGUUCAAAGGCGGAGUGAAAGGAAGUGGCCAAGCUCUCGGGGCUGCAUCUCCAGCAACACCAGUGCAAGUGAGUACAUUUCCAUACACACCAUCAGUGGCUUCUUCUCCAGACUCGAGUUUUCUUCCGUGGACGCUCAAGUACAGGAACGAUGAGAUUCGGACUGAGGAGGAGCUUGAGAGUUUUCUCUCGGACGUGGGAACUAGAAUGGUCGAGUCUUCAGGGAGAUCAGGCAGCACUCCACAGGGUGGUCCAGUUACGCCAUCGCCAAUACGAGUUCUAGGUGCCGGCUCCGGCCCAAACGUGAUGAGCACUACACCUCGCUCUCCAGCAACUGCAGGGACACCGGUACGAGCCGUAAGGGUCUCGCCAAGUUCUCAAAAGUCGGGUGUUUCGCCAAAGAAGGCAGAAGGUGAUCUUCCUGCUCCUUUCACAAUCGAGCAGGCAACAGAUGGCUUUAAAAAGCUGGGCUUGUGGCCUGAUAUCGACCAGUGGAGAGACGGUCUCAGACAAUGGUUUUCGGACGUUCUGCUUGCGCCACUGCUCUACAAGAUCGACAGGAGCCAUCUACAGGUUAUGGAGACAGCGGCAACACUUAGUUUUUCCUUGGCAAUCAGUCCGAUCGAGGGUAAACGCAAUAGCAACAGCAGUCCUGGAAUGGAUGGGAGUGCACAGGAAUGGCUCACGACAUUUGCUCCAGACGAGGACGCGCUUAUUCAUCAGUUUCGUGCAUAUCUGCUAAACGCUAAAAGCUCCACGCCGACACCAUCUAUUUUCGGGCUGAAGGUUCCGAACGAACAGGAUGUGAAUCCUUUACUGCAAGCGUGCCUCGAUGCCGUCACUGAGCAUCAACGAUUGCGUGCUCUUGUAAAAGGCGAAUGGGUGAAAGGACUUCUCCCCCAGAGCAGUGUGAGAUCAGAUUAUACGGUCCAACGUCUGCGAGAGCUAGCCGAAGGCACUUGUGUCAGGAAGUACGAGUUUGCUGGAACGGGCGAAGUUUACGACAAGUCAACGAAGCGCUGGAGCUUGGAACUUCCAACAGACGCUCACCUCUUGGUCUACCUUUUCUGUGCGCUGCUGGAACACCCACAGUGGAUGCUGCACGUCGAUCCAACAUCUCACCCGAGCACUCAGUCAGGCAACAAUCCACUCUUUAUCGCCAGCCUUCCACAAAAGGAGCGGUUUCCAGACAAGUAUGUGGCAGUCUUAUCAAGCGCUCCUCCAGUGUUACAUGCUGGUGCGUGUAUUCUAGCCGUCGGCAAGCAAAGUCCUCCUGUCUUUGCUCUCUACUGGGAUAAGAAGCUGCAAUUCUCGCUUCAGGGACGAACCGCACUGUGGGACGCGAUUUUGCUCCUUUGUCAUAGGAUCAAAGUCGCGCAUGGUGGGAUUGUUAGAGGCAUCAAUCUCGGCGGCCCGGCUUUUAAUCUUCUGUCGCUGCUGGAACAGCCUUGUGGCGAGAAUUAGCGAAAGAGUCAUCUUCACUAGCUUUAUAGUUCGGGAAGGGUACUUAUUUUAUAGACAUAUCUAAUUUUAAUGUUCACAUCCUUCUACAAAUUAUUAACUUGACAAAAAUGUAAGAGUAAAUAAUAUAAUUUGUUUUAAAUUUUA